GUCUGAUCUUUGCACCUGUGUGAAGAAUCCAGCUUCACAGCCAGAGUGUCAUCUUGCAUGAAGAAACUCAGGAAGACAGUUUUCUGAAAAUGAAUGACCCCGACAGUGACGGAAAUCAAGCUCAUCCAGGAGCGGAGUGUAAACUCUAGUUGUGGUUACAUCUGUAACAUAAAAUAACCUGUGUCCCCUCAGAAAUAAAGUGCGUGGGAACAGAAAGAAGUGACCAGGAGGAAGCAAAAACUUCAGAACCAUCAGCCCAGAUCCUUGCUCACAAGAGACGGCUAGUUGAGGGCUUCCCUUUCUAUCAACAAAGCCGCAAACUCUUCACCCACUAUGGCCUCAGCACCACCAUCCGAGGACAUGGACCAGGACGCCUUGUGUCCCAUCUGCAAGGACUACCUCACCGAUCCAGUGACGUUGGACUGUGGACACAACUAUUGUCAGGGCUGCGUCACCAAUUAUUGCAAGAUACGGGAAGAACAGGCUAUGGGGCACUUGGAGUGUCCCAUCUGCAGAGCCCAAAUGCAGAGAGGGAGUUUCCGCCCCAAUUGGCAGCUGGCAAGUAUAGUAGAAAAAAUUAAACUCCUGCAGUUAAAUAAAGGGGGAAAGGAUAUGUGUGUGAAACACAAGAAGUACCUUGAACUGUUCUGCAAAGAAGAUGAAAAAUUGGUUUGUGUGGCUUGUGAACGAUCCCCAGAACACAAAUCGCACACUGUGGUGCUUGAGGAAGAGGCUGCCCAGGAAUACAAGGGACUGAUCUGCAGCCAUCUGGAGAUUCUGAGAAAAGAGAGAGAAACAAUUCUGGCCUAUCAAGCUGACACGGAAAAAGAAAGCCAAGAUCUCCUUAAAUUAACAGAAACCGAGAGGCAGAAGAUAGUGGAGAAGUUCAGAAAACUGUACCGGUUUCUUGAAGAACAAGAAGUACACCUGCUGAAUCAGAUUGAAGAAGUGGAGAAGGAGAUUGAAGGGAGAAGAGAUGAGCAGCUGGCCAGACUCUCCAGGGAACUCUCCUCUCUUGAGAGGAUCAUCCAGGAGAUGGAGGAGAAGAGUCAGCAGGCAGUGAGUGAACUCCUGCAGGAUGUGAGAAGCACCUUGCAGAGGUAUGAGAGAAGAGAGAGACUGCAGAAUCUACUGGCUUUCCCUCUAAAGCUAAAAUGGAAGACCUCCAGAUUUUGUGAUGUGAAUCUCCAUCUGGAGGACGUGAUAAAGCAGUUCAAAGAUGCUGUGUUAUUCAAACUACAGUUUCAGAAAGGUAAAUUUCCAAUGGUGACCCAAAUGCACAGGAGGAAGGGGCACUGGUAUUUCUUUGGGGUUAGAUAAUCUUUUCUUUAGACUUUGGAACCAUCAAUAGGUUAAUAGCCUUAUAGUGGCAUUUGAGUUAUUCAUAUGUACAUUGAAUGACCAGAGGAUGGGUUUGUUUGUUUUUUACUUUACUUUACUUUAUUUUUACACUGCUUGAUUGUAAAAAAAAAACCCAUCUGAAACCUAGCGUGGAAAUUGCCUUUUUCUGUUGCACACUGGGUCAACAUCUUCAUCAAGCUAUUUAAUAUGAGCCCAAAGUUUCAUGCAUCACUUUCAUUGAAUUGCAUUUGCCAUUUUAUCACCCAUUCACU